GUCGCCUAGCAACCGGAGAUGGCGGAGCCGGGUAGCGCGGCCGGCGGGUCUCAGCUAGAAGGUGAAUCAACUUCUGAAGGAGAGGAGGACCAGAGUAAGGAAGUCGUGGACCACAGUGUUGAAGGCGAUCAGAUGCCACCGACAGAGGAGAGCAGUCACCAGAAAAGCGAAGAGGCUGUUGAUGCUGCAGAACUUUCUGAAGAGAACAUUGCCGCCCCUGGGGAAGUCCCUGGUGAAGGGGCAACCGAAAUUGAUGGGGAAGUCGAAAAUGUUGAAGAAGUGGAAAUGGAAGAGGAUUUUGAAUUUGAAGGAGAAUUCGAAUCCGAUAUGGAAGGCACAUCGCCUGAAGGGAAAGUCAGCUCCACCGACCUGACGUAUUUAUACACAAGUCUUGAGGAGAUGGCGAGGGACAAAGCGGACCCCACACGCCCGCACGAAUAUGCAGGGAGGGAAGCCAUUCCUGAAGACAGAGAAGCCCCCGGUCCUUCAGAACCCACAGAAGCAGGGGACAUCUCCACACGGCCGUCCCAGCAAGCAGUGGGCUUAUCUGAGCAAAGAGGCCAGGAUGCUUCCGGACCCCAGGCUAGCAGAUCGAAAACCUCUCAGGAAGAGCUCCAGCAACAAGUCUUCCCUCUGGGGGCACGACAUCAUCUCCGACUGAGCCAGGGAAGUAGCAUCAUGUCCUUGGACUUUGAUGAGCUGCUCUCGAGCACGGAGGAGCCCUUCACACGGGAGCCAGGUGUCCGCCCAGAUGACCCCGAGGCCCGGCCCGAGGGAGGCGCCAUGCCCGCCUUCCUGGAGCAGAUCCAACAGCUAAGUGCUCCCGAGGAGGCGGCAGAGAGAACCGAGUCCGAGGGCAGCGACGAGGCGGAGGAAGACACAGACCAUCUGAUGGUUCUGCACCCAGACCACCCCCUGAUGGUAAGGUUCCAGGCUGCCCUGAAGAACUACCUCAACCGACAGAUAGAGAAGCUGAAACUGGAACUUCAAGAGCUGGCCGUGGCCACCAGGCAAACCCGAGCGCAGCGGCAGGAGCUGGGGCUGGACCUCUACGGGGUGCAGCAGCACCUGGCCCGCCUGCAGAUGCAGCUGGAGAGGAGCCACGACCGGCACUCGACGGCCGCGUGCGCCCGGCGGCAGCAGGAGGAGGAGCUGCGCGCCGCGCGCCUGCUCUACGAGCGGACCUGCGAGAGCGCCGACGGCGAGCGCAGGGAGCUGGCCGCUCUACAAGCCGAGCUGGAGGGCCUGGCUCUGCAUCUGUUCUACAUGCAGAACAUCGACCAGGAUGUACGCGACGACAUCCGCGUGAUGAAGCAGGUGGUGAAGAAGUCGGAAGUGGAGCGCACGCGGGCCGAGAUGGGGAAGAAGCAGCAGGACCUUCAUGUGGACCGGCUCACCAUCAAAGCCAACCAGCUAGAGGAGCAGAUUGCUCUGCUGGAGGCGCAGCGCGGCGCCCAGACGGAGGACACCCGGGUUCUCAGGAAAGCAGUGAGCGAGGCCUGCACGGAGAUAGGCGCCAUCAGCGUGGAGAAAAGGCACAUCUUGCAGCAGUGGGCUGCCUGCCUGGUGGGCAUGAAGCACCGAGACGAGGCGCACAGGACCAUCCAGGAGGCGUACAGCGAGUGCCAGCACCAGAUCACGUCCAUCGACGGUGAGAUCGAGGCCUACAAGAAAUCCAUCAUGAAGGAGGAGGAGAAGAACGAGAAGCUGGCCAGCAUCCUGAACCGCGCGGAGACGGAAGCCAGCCUGAUGCAGAAGCUGACCGCUCAGUGCCUGGCCAAGCAGGAGGCCCUGGAGAAUGAGCUCAACACCUACCGGCUGGCGCUCCAGGACACGGAGGAAGCGCUGGGCAAGGCCCACGUGGAGCACGCGACCAUCGUGGGCGAACUGCAGGCCAUCCAUGAGACCAUCCAGCACGAGCUGGAGCAGAGGAAGGGGCUGGACGUCUCCAUCGUGGAGAAGCUGCAGGAGCACACGGUCUCCAACAAGAUGACCAAGUACUUCCACAAGCUCAUCCUGAAGCUCCAGAAGGAGAAGACCAACCUGGUGACACAUCUCUCCAAAAUUGACGGCAACAUCGCUCAGACCACCCUGGACAUCACGAACACCAGCUGCAGGUUGGACAUGCAUCGGAAGGCGCUGGCCGAGCUGGACAGGGAAGUGAGGAAUGUCAAUGACCUCAUCACCAACAGCGAGAGCGAGAUCUCCAGGCGCACGAUCCUGAUCGAGAGAAAGCAGGGCCUCAUCAACUUUUUCAACAAGCAGCUGGAGCAGAUGGUUUCCGAGCUCGGGGGAGAGGAAUUGGGGCCUCUGGAGCUUGAAAUCAAGCGGCUGACGAAGCUGAUCGAGGAGCACAACAGCAACGUGACGCAGGCCCAGGUGACCUGGCUCCGGCUGCAGCAGGAGAUGGUCAAGGUCACCCAGGAGCGGGAGGAGCAGCUGGUGUCCCUGGACAUGCUCAGGAAGGAGCUCCACAUCCUGGAGCAGAAGAAGCUUCGCAUGGAAAGCAAGAUCGAUCAGGAGAAGAAGGAGCAGAAGGAGAUUGAGCACCACAUGAAGGGCCUGGAUAACGACCUGAAGAAGAUCAAUGUGCUGAUAGGCAGGAACCAGUGCAGCUCCAAGGAGCUACUGCAGGGCAACCUGGUGACCGAGAAGGAGUUUGUGCGCUCCCUGAAGGCCUCAGAGAGGGAGACCAUCGAGAUGCAGGACAGGCUGACCCAGCUCCAGGAGGAGAAGGCGGCCACACUGAACCACCUGGUGGAGGCGGAACGCCAGAUCAUGCUUUGGGAGAAAAAAAUCCAGCUGGCGAAAGAGAUGCGUGCAUCGGUGGAUUCCGAGACUGGCCAGACGGAGAUCCGAGCCAUGAAGGCGGAGAUCCACAGGAUGAAGGUCAGGCAUGGGCAGCUGCUGAAGCAGCAGGAGAAGAUGAUCAGAGACAUGGAGCUGGCCGUCGCCCGCAGGGAGACCGUCUCCACCCAGGCCGAGGGGCAGGGCAAGAUGGACAAGAAGUUGCUCACCCGGACAGACUUCCACCACAGGCAGGCAGAGCUGCGACGCAAGAUCAGGGACAUUCACAAGGCCACCGACGAGUGCACCAAAGUCAUCUUGGAACUGGAAGAAACUCAGAAACACAUGAGCAGCUCCCUCCUGGAGAAGCAAGAGCGGCUGUCAGAGAUGCAGGCCAGCACCGACCAGCUCGAGGCCGACCUGGACCGGCUCCUGACGCUCAAGCAACAGAACCUCUCGGAGCUGGUGGCCCUGCAGACGCGCGUCAAGCACCUCCAGGCGGUGAAGGACGGCAGGUACGUGUUCCUGUUCCGCUCCAAGCAGUCGCUGCUGGCCGAGCACACGCGCUUGGACGACCGGCUGGCGGCCAUCGGCACCAUCCUCGACCACGUGAAAAACGAGUACCCCCAGUUCCAGGAGGCCCUGCUCAGGGUCAGCCAGAUGAUCGCCCGCAAGCUCGAGCCACCUGGGUCCUCCUAGAGAGCAGCGGGGACCCCAGCCUUCCACCGCCCGCUCUGGUGGAAGAGUCCAGAAUUGUAUGUGUUAUCAGGGACUUAGAAUGUUCGCGUCACUGAAAGCCAUGUCCACCCUGAGAGGCCCUGUAAGACGACUAGGCAGGUCAGCAUGCCUGAUUCUUUGAGCCACCAGCAAUUUCCACUAAGGCCACCCCCCACGCUUCCGGUGGCAUUUCGGAGGGGAGGGGGUGUCUCGCACCCGCGCUGGACUCGUGGUCAAAACAGCAUCUGGGCUCCGGGGGCUCUCGCCUCGGCCCUGGACACUGCCUGCCCACAGCGCCCCACCCCGCGGCAGGGUCCAGGACGCGGGGUGCAGCCAGAGCGCCCCGCGGAGGGCGCAGGUGGGACGGGCGCCCCCCCAGCUCCCCCGCGCAGCCCCCACCCCUCGCCCAGCCCCCACUCGGGGCUGGAGUGUCUCGGGGUGCAGCGGGAGCGCCCCCCCCACGCCGGGCUCCCGAGCACCUGCCCCCUGGCGGCUUCUCUACAGCACCCUAAAAGGGCCCACAAGACAAUUUCAGUUUCCAACUUUUCAGCGAAAAAUAAAACUUUUUCUGAA